AUGUCGAAUAUGAAAGCUGGUGUCCGCACCGCUCGCAUGUUGGUAGACGCAGCCAUGUCGACCAAGACUCGCCCUCAUAUCCAAAGCUACCUUUUGGCCACAGAUCCCGUGGCCAUGGGAGAACGCACAGUUGUCAUUUUGACGGGCAAAGUAGCACAAAAGAGCUAUGGAACUGAAAAAAGAUUCUUGUGUCCCCCACCCACGGUAAUUUUAGAUGGCGCAUCCUGGUGGACUAAAAAGCAUGAUGAUCCAUCCAACGCGGCAGCACCAGCAGCUGCUGCUGCUGCUGCUACCGCACCGCCUCAGUUGAUGGUGUCCAUGUCAGGCGAGACGUCUGAGACGCAAGAAGGCCAGGUCGAUUGGUUUUCCAUGUCUGGUACAACCGUGGGACAAACAGGAUACGGGAGCGGCAACAUCAACUCGAGCAACAGCAGCGGACGUAUACGAAACAGUUUUGACAGAGGCAGUAGUAGUGAUCGUGAUUGGUAUCGUAUUCAGCCUCGAGACCCUUUGGCAGGUGGCAAAUGCGUUCUACGUCAGUUGUAUAUCAACGAUGCGGACGAUAAGCGAAAACGUGUUGAGUGUGUUGCUCGUUUACAAUUGGCGGAUGGCACGCCUAUCGGGACAUUGGGUAGCAAACCCGUCAAGGUUAUUACCUGCAUCCAUCAUGGUACAACCGUUUCGCUAUUCAACCGUAUUCGUUCACAGACCGUGUCAACAAAGUAUCUGGGCGUAUCAGCAUCUGCUGGAGCGACAUCGUCGACACAGCCGUUUAUGUACCCAGGUCAGUCCAAAGCCAACCACAAUCUCGACGGUCCUGCAUCGACCAGCAGCCCAGACGGUACAUGCUUUAUCGCACGGACAGGAAGCUGGGAUCCCUUUAUUAUUUGGCUUGUGGAUACCACGUGGGUGCCCCACCAUCACGAGCGAGAAAGUACCAGUCCAGACGAGUAUAUUGGCACUGGUGCCUCAACUCUACGUAACGAUAUACCCUAUCCACCACCACCUGCCAUUGCUGCCAAAAACAAAACCGGUCAGCCACUCGCUGUCCAUUAUAACCAGCACAUUGUACUCCAGUGUCUCACAACUGGUCUGGUGAGCCCUGUUAUGAUUGUACGCAAGAUAGACCGCGCAUCGACGGUUGUAGGCGGCGCAAAUAGUAAACACUACUCGCACUAUAAUAGAGGUGCAGAAAUGUCGACUCCAUCGGGAACAAGCGGCGGCGAGUACGGAGACGAAAUCCUGGGUGAUCCAGUUUCGCAGCUCCACAAAGUGGCGCUUCAAAUCGUACAAGAUCCUUCAGCACGUCUGCAAGAAAACGACAUCCCGCUUCAGAACGAAACGUUACCACGCAUUAAUCGUCCAGUAACUUAUUUGGCCUGUCUUAAUGACAUGGUCGGUAUGCAUCGAUCUGCACAUGAUCGUAAACCAAUACGUCCUGAUCCACCUGCUGCUUCUGCGGUAACAACAGCAACGACAACGACGACGACGGCAAAUCCUUCGCUUGACAUGGAUGCCGCUGCUUCGAAUAGAGCCGCCGCGCGGCGCAGAAUUGCUUCCACUGGCAAUGUAGCCGACUAUUACUAUGGAAUCAACACGCAGCCACAACACCCGCUCCAUCACCAUGCUGCACCACAUCAGCAAAGUAUGUAUUCAACGAUCAAUUUUCAAGGAGCUACGGAAGAGUAUCAUCAGCAGCAUCCACAGCAGCAAAUUGCGGGCAAACGCAGCCGGUCUGUAUCCGCCAUUGAUCAAACAAGUGACGAUAUGAAUGCCAUGACUGCGUCAUGGGCUGAACUAGGUGCAUUUUGGUCUGAAGAUGUUUCAGAUUCAGCAGUUUGGACUAUUGUAGGCACAGAUUGUGCAAAAUAUACAUUUUGGGAGAUACCACCGAUUCCACAAGACGACGAGUUCGUGGACGAACGAUUCUUGGACAUGUCACUAAAGUUUAAUCAGCCACGUACGGUCACAAUUGCUCCGGUACCAACGCUUUCACGGUUCUCACGAUCCAAGGGCGACGGUGAUGGACUGUUUUUAAGCAUGCACGGUGAAAGUUUCACGCGCGACCUGGAAGUAUGGUUUGGUGAUUGCCGUUCUCCGCGCACGGAAUAUCGUGGCAGGGAACAUCUGGUAUGUGAAGUGCCUAUCGCGUCUGAACUGGCGCAUUCGGUAGGCGCAGAGUGGAAAAAUGGCGGUUCAUGCAGUGUACCUCUUUUGCUGGUCAGAAGGAAUGGCUAUGCCGUGUACAAGACGAAUAAGUACUACACAUUUUGUUAA